GUGCGCAGUAAGGCGACGGUGGACCGAGUGGUGCCGGGCUGCAGUGGGCGGGCCCCGCCGACGCAGGAAAACCGGCCGCACGGACGGGGAAGAUGUUGUACGGAAAGGAAACGGCGGCCGCUCCGCUUAUUCCGCCGCCAACGGUCAGCCUGGAUUAUCUUCACGACGAACUGUACCAGUCCAGGUACAACGCACAAAAUAUUACUGCAGCGGUGUUCCGUCUGGAGGGAGACCUGCACCGGCUGACCAUCAUGGUCGGUGUCAUGUUCUUCCUCUUCGUUGUCUGCUUUAUCGGCUUCGCCUUCUAUGCGUGCUCCAGCUACAGAGCGUAUUGCCGACGCAGAAAAACCGCCGACAUCGAAAGCGGCCAGAGCAUUGAGCUGAAGAAGAUCGGCGCUAAGCUGGCAAACGGGUCUUCGGCUCCCGCUGGUCAGCACGUCAUCAGCCCCUAAGGCGAGCACGGUGCCUCAGUGCACGCUGGGUCGCCAGUGCACCCCAUUCACGCUCACCGCCAAACCGGGCGAUGAGGCGAAAGGCGCCCGCAACCGCCACCCGUCAGAGGACACGUGUCCGGGCGAGUACAGCGCCGUCUACGACAACCCGGCGCUGGCUGUGACUCCGCCGCUGGCCGCCGGCGGCGCCACCGGCCACCCGCUGGCGUCGGCCGCAUCCACGGCGCGGUCACGUGACUCGGUGCUGCGCGCCGGCAGCUCGGCGGCCAGCAGCGUGCACACCGAGAGCACGCGCAUGCCGCGCGAGAUGGAUAUUACCGACAUGUCGCCCGCCAGGACUGUGGAGGUCAUCUGAAGUGCCAGCCGCCGCUCAGCUGACGUCAAGAGGGCCCACCUGGAGUCUGCUCGGGUAGCUGGCGCAGCCAUCGCUGGUGCUGACGGCGGCGUGGCGUCGUCCGCUGGUGGACGUCAGUGGCGGUGACACUUUCGGCCCUUGCGGGACGCGCGCCAGGCGGCUGCAGUCAGUCGCGGUUCGAGCUCACUGAACGGUCGGAGGCGCACCCCGCGCGGGCGCAGGCGCCACUAGGCGGCGUAGGAUGCCGGUGCAGACUCGCCGCCGUUUUCGCCUCAGUGAAGUUGAGGAAUAUGCGAGGUCAGCGAGCUGGUGCAAGUGCGUGCUGUCGUCAGACAAGGGGAUGAAGAAACAUGAGAAGAUGGCGGGAAGUGGCCUGUCGCGACGGUGGAGUGGUUCCGCUGCGCGGUCCCAUAUUAGCUUUCGGCCACCGCCGAAAGCGUAGUUGGCAUCCCGGCGUGCUCUUCUUGCUGAUGUUUUUGACCGACUGCGCCCACUUUCGCGUGCUGUCAACAGAUGGCUCUGGCUCUCGCGUUGGAGCUGUGAACUACGGAGCCUCUGAAGGCGGCCGCGAGACGGCGCACCCCGUCGACAGCAGCGUGGCUUCGCGAAAUGUCGGCGUGCCUGCAGACAAUGCCGCGCGACAUUGAUGAUUUUAGGAAGUAUUUUAACGAGAAGUGUAGCAGUAUUGUCUUUCUGAUGACCGUCCCACUGUGCCGGCUUCAUAAGUCCCGUGCGCGCGUUGGCUGUAGCCUCCACGAGGAGCCCGCGCCUGUCGCUCUCAGAGCCUGGCCGCGCCACGUCAGUUGCACGCGCCCCCGCGACGCGUGAAGUUACAAUUUGUGACGCCCCGCGGCGAUGCCGGCGUCGCUGGUUUCGUAGUUUGUUAACGGUUGUUAGGCCGGUAUGUUGGAAAUCAACAGCCGCGCAGCUGGAGCGGGAUUCUGUCCUUGGGAAUAGAAAAGUUGUUCGGAGGCGCAUCAAAACCUUAUUGCUUCAAGGUUGCUGUGUUAUCGGCAGCGUCUAGAACAUGGUGAAUUGAAAUGGUUGUGACUACGAAUUGUUGUAAUGUGUCAUGUAAACAAAUUCAUAGUUUUAACCGUCGCAUUGCGAAAUGACCACGUGUCCUGCAGCGACGUAAUCGGAGUAAAUAGACUGUAAACUUGUCCGUCCAUCGUAUUGUGUGACGUUUUCUCCCUCCCAUACGUUGUCUUGCGAGUACCUUUGCUUUGCAUUUGAUAUUUUAGAGUCGAAUGUGACGCAUACAUCAUUGUGGUUGACACCACGUGGCCAUUUCGCAACGUCGCGGGGUCGCGAUAGCGAAUACGAGUGUCCAUCGCGCGCCCUUGAUUUGCUAGUGAACGUGCCGCGCCUCGGCCACGGGCCCACGCGAGCCGGCGGUGAAGCUUGCGGGUGGCCAAGUGCAGAGUCGUCGGACCAGACAGCGGUCCUGGCGGCUGUGGUGCGUGGAUGGCCGACGGGUCGCCUGUACUGGACCAACCUCCGCCCCCGUCCCCUGCAGUGAGUCGACACCCUUCACCCGCCCGUGUUGGACCGACCUCCACCCCCGUCGCCCAUAAUGAGUCGACACCAGUCACCCGCCCGUGCUGGGUCAACCUCCGUCCCCGUCGCCCAUAAUGGGUCGACACCCUUCACCCGCCCGUGCUGGGUCAACCUCCGCCCCGGUCGCCCAUAAUGGGUCGACACCCUUCACCCACCCGUGUUGGACCGACCUCCGCCCCCGUCGCCCAUAAUGGGUCGACACCAGUCACCCGCCUGUGUUGGACCAACGCUCUGCUUUUGGAUGCUCCCGUCUGCGAGUAUUGUUGCGCUGUCGUCAAUCAUCGACCGUGCAUGAGAACAGAUUAUUGUUGAACCCGGCUGCGGGCGCGUUAUUAUUGAACUCCAUUUGGUAACGAUUCGCAAAUGUACCUGAAGGGUAGUGCAGCUGCGUCAAAGACGACAUCGAAUUGCAGUUGAAAAUGAUUGCACGUAGUUGAAGCAUUUGGUCCCAAGCCUGUCUGAUUCGAGCAAGGUCGUGGUUGUGGCGGCACGCUAGUUUGACAUUUCAAGUUGCCUGCCUGCUGAAUGACACUGGCGGUGUAAUGUGGAGUUGAUGUUGUGCCAUGAGGUGUUCUUCACGUUGUUGUGCCGCUCACCGGAGGCGUGCGCACAUGGUACGCUAAAUACACGCAACUGGUGCCUUCCUGUCA